AUGGCCGAAUUUGUGAUCAAGGACGAGGAUUUGAACGGCCUCAAGGGCAAAGUUGUGAUUGUCACGGGCACUUCGUCUGGCAUAGGUCUAGCAACUGCCAAUCUACUCCUCUCCUUGGGAGCAUCCGUCGUCGGCGGCGACAUCCAGCCUUCAGCUACCCCCGAAUCCACACCUAACUGGCUAUUCGUGCAAACCAAUGUAACUGUCUGGACCGACUUGAGUAAUCUGUUCAAGAAAGCAAAGGAACAUUUCGGUCGGAUCGACCAUGUUUAUGCGAACGCGGGCAUUGGACCUCGCGCCAACUACCUAGCCCUCGAGACAGAUGCGAACGGAGAGUUGAAGGAGCCAACAUUUGAGACUUUGGAUGUCAACCUGAAGAGUGUAAUGAACACGGCAACUCUUGCCGUUCAUUAUAUAAAGCAACAACCCGAAGGUGGAAGUGUUGUGCUUAUGGGCUCCAGCACUGGAUUGCAGCCCCUCCGUGCUCCGGAUUACUCCACAGCAAAGCACGGUGUUCUCGGAUUCGGCAGAGGCUAUGGCCGUCUUGUGCAGGUCGCAGGACUGCCUAUUCGCAUAAACACUCUCAUGCCAUCCUGGACAUCCAGCAAUAUCCUUCCGAACUUGGACGGAAUGAUGCAGGGCAUCUCGCACGAAGCUCAGCCGGGUCUAGUCGUUGCUCGGUGUGUUGCGUAUCUCAUGAGCGAUACCUCCAAACAUGGAGAAGCGAUCUAUGUGUCUGAUGGAAAGUACAAGGAAAUCGAAAAGGCAGUCCUCUCGCCUACGUUCAAGACAUCUAUCCUGGGAGAGGGAAAUCCCAACGACGAUGAGAUUUUGGAGCGUAUGUUGGCACUUGGGAAAUAG